AUUCCAAACAGUCGUCACAAGUCAUUUGCAUCUCAAUCAACAUUCAGAGCACUACUUUUUCGUAAAUCUACAACAUAGUCCCAUAAAAAGCUUUCGAAAUGGCCUCUCAAGCGCUUGUUCUAGCAACCAACUCCGCACUGCAACAAAGACCCGCACCCAUUGUCCCUCACAACUCGCCAACCCAACAACAACAAUCCUCAGCCAACAAAUCAGGCGGCUUCUGCCUUAAGAAAGGCCUCGAUAGCCUCACCGAAAUGCUUGAGCGCAAGAUCGACCACCAGAUUCUUCUCGCUAAGACCCGAGCCCAUGCCGCGUCAUCGUCACAAGAGACACCUGCCGAUCGCGAUUCCAAACACGUGCACUGGGAAACCAGCAGCAAGCUUCAACAGACAGCAGCCUAGAGUCUUUGAAACACGUACUUGGAGUACUAAAGUCGUACCAAGAGGGGCUGACGUGUUACGAUGAAGCAGUUUAGCUUCUCGGGUGUGGUCUUUUGCAGAUCAGCCGGGCAUUGAUUUCAUUUGCAUUCACACGAGAACAGUGUAUGAGCGUCCAGGCAAGAGUGUGGUAUGACUGGGCUGGGAUCGAUUUACGCCUUACGACUAGUAGGUAUCCUCUACAUACUUCACCGAGAUUGGCGUGGAGUGUCAUCACAUGCCUGUCAACAACAAGGCAACGAAUCGGGAUGGAUAUGGUCAUGUGUCGGGAACAGUCCGACGACAUGAGGACCAAAGAGCGAAUGCGUAAAAUACUUAAAGGCUAUUAGAGAAGAUGAAGAGGGGCAUCCUAACAUAUUUGUUUGCAUUAACGAGCUGUCGUUUUCAUAGAAGGAUACGUUACUCUUAUAGAACAAUCAUUAAAUAGAACAUAGCAAGACCAUCUUGCAGCUUUUGUCG